AUGCUCAGUGUAAUUAUUACCGAUAGUGACCCUGCUAUGCAUAGAGCAGCCUUAAUUGAACUUCCAACUACUCACUAUAUUUUCUGUAUAUGGCAUAUCAAAGAGAACCUUAAAAAGAUGCUAUGUGUAAAAUUAGGUGCAGAAUUUGAUAGUUUUUACUCUGCUUUCUGGAAAGAUACUUAUAUGAACAACUGUGUACUUGAAAAUAGUAACACUUCUCUUUGCGAGAUCAGUAAAGUUCUUUUGGACCAAGCUGAAAAUAGAGUAAACAAAAGGAAGUAUGAAGAUUUAGUUAGAGAGGUUUCUUCAACUACAAAUAAUGUAAUAAUUUUUCCAAAGAGUGUGUUUAUUAUACAACAUUUUUGUUCAAAUAUCGAAGAAGUUGAGAAUAUACCAACAGGUAAACCAUCUGGAAAUGAAUUUUUUGAAGAUGAGCCAGAUAGUAUUCUUGUAUAUACAUGA